AAUAAUGUUUACCUUUUUUACAUUGUUUUCAUUCAUAGUUUAUUCGUUAGGAGAUUAAAUUUAUCCAAUAAAAUCAAACAGUGAAACUUAAUUAGAAAAUAAUGGAUGGAUAGAUUGUUCAACAUAAGAGGAAGUGAUCCCUUAAAAUUGUUAGGGAGAUGAUCUAUUGUGGUUAGAAUGUUAUGUUGUACCAUAAAAUGGGUUAUGUACUAAAUAGAAUAUCAAUACCAAAACUUAAGAUAUGCUCAAUUAUGUAUUCACUUUUUAUAAAACUACACUUUAAACAUGUGACAUUGAAAUUAAUGGAUAAUCUAAAACUGAAAUAAUGAACUAAAAAGAUGAUUUAAAUAAAGCUAUGUUCAAAUAUAGCGGAGAUAAUGUAAAGAUAAAAAUUAAAAAUUAUGGAACUCUUUUUACAGGACUCACUAUUAGUAAAGAUUGUAAUCCAAAUUGUUAAAGAUGUUUACAAUCUUUCUGUGAUUAGUGUUAUGAUGAUUCCUUCUAUUAUUAUAAUUACAGAUGUUCCAAAUUAUUUUGUGAAUAAUAGAUUAAUAAAUUAAAUUCUAAAUCUCUCCUCAAUUCACAAGGAUCAUACUCAGAUAGUGUAUUUACUUUAGAAUUCUUGUUCAAUAUAAAUUUAGGAGAUUGUCUUAUCCCUAAAGUUUAUUAUACUUAUAAAAUUGAGAACUCUUAAAUCAAAUAUAUUUUACAAGAAAACUAAGUAUUUUUAAAAAAAGAUACAUCAAAUACUCUAAUAGCAUAAUUACCAUUAAAAUAAAUUAUUGAGAAUUGUCAAUUAAUAAAUACAACUACAGCAUUUGUAUAUUAAUGCUAUAUAGGAAUUGCAAUUACUAGUGAAUUAUCCACACAAUAUUUGGCUGUUACAAUAUCUUAACUUACUAUUGAAAAGGGUACAGAAUCUACCCUCCCAUAUGUACAAUCACUUAAUAUUCCUUCUGAUGAAAAUGUUUCUAUUGGACCUGUAUUUUUAGUUAGUGAAACUCUUUCAUUACAAACUGAUUCAAAUCUUAAAUAACUUACAGUCUUAUAAACUAUCUCUGACCCUGAAUUUUCCAAUUUUAGGAUACAUUAUUAUGAGGCAUAUCUAAUUCAGAAUAAUAAAACUAUAACAUUAAAUCUAUAAAUUGAAAUUUAAUAAACUAUUAAUACUACCUUUAUUUUCACAUGGACUGAUCCUUUAUUUGAUCCAUCACAAUCAUUUUCAUUUCAAAUCAAUUCCGAAGCCAAACCUGUACUAAAUAAUCGAAGAAGAAGAUUGGAUAUUCCACUUAAAAGAGAAAAUCUUAAAGUUAAUUAUAAUGCUUAAAAUAUAUAAGUAUAUAUUCCUAAUACACUCAUUUUUGAUCCUUCAUUCAAAGCAGGGCCUCUAGUAGGAAUAUUAGUUGGAGCCUUUGCAAUUAUUGCAAUCAUAAUAACAGUCGCCUAUUAUAAAUACAAGCCAGCAUUAAAAAAACCCCUUAUAUGA